GGAGACAGGGAGAUACCCCGCAUGGAGCCUGUGAUGGAUGCGACCUGCCAUCUUUUGCAAAUCCAUGAUCGUCGGUGUAGACAUCAUACUCAUACAGACGUCAGACUUCGACCGACAACUGCUACAGAGCGCAAAGUAAAGUCUAAUCUCAUUGAGUGCGAGACAGCGGAUAAGAUGGAUUUCGACCUGGAAAGCUUUAUGAGCGAGGUCUCGCAGGUAUUGCGACACAGCUCGCCACGGCCGACGGCGGGGAAACGCCCGAGCGACGACCGCAGCACGACGGAUGAUGGGGAAAGUCAAGAUAUGGACUCGUCGAAUGAGUCGGAUGAGAAUCCCAUCUACUCUGCGGCUAAGAGAAGACGAUUGGAUUUCACGCGGCGCGAUAGCUUUCAGACCGACCCUUCAGUUUCUUCCGACGACGAUGAUGAUGUUGCCAGCUUUCAGGCGAACGAUGUGUCGAAUGAUGAGAUGCCUUCUUAUUUUCAUCCUAGUCUGGAUAUGACAACUGCUUUGGUUUCCGCUGAACCGAGACUUCCACCAAAUCUUCACUCAGUCGGUCCAGAAGUACCAGCCGACGGCACAAUCGACGCAAUGUUAAUGUACAAAGAACGACUAGAUCUAGUUCCCAACCUCUACACCUAUACCGUGAAAUCCUGCUUAUUGCCAAUCCGGAGAGUACAGACUGCUUUGGUUACGCUGUACUUUCAUCACAUCCAUCCGAUGUUCCCGGUUGUCGACGAAUAUCACAUUACGGAGCUUCAUCGAAAGUACAGAGGCAAAGAGGAGCUCAUGGAUCCGUGCGACUUUACUAUCUACCAUGCAAUAAUGGUUGCUGGAUUCGCACAUCUCAGCGAAGCACAAGCACGAUACUGGUCCCAACCAGCAAUCGACCCCGUAAUCCUCACCCAGAUCUCCCUAAUCCUCAGCCUCUGGAGCCCCGGCUGGAUCGGGCCCCAGAAUAACAGCUACUGGCUCGACCAAGCCUUCAAACACGCCAGCGCCGGCAAGCUCUGGGAACCCCAACCCUCGACCCGACACUGUCGCCGCAGACUGCUAUGGUGGUGCUGCCUAAUCCGGGACCGCGUCCUGGCUCUCGGCAUGCGCCGCCCUCAUCGCUUGCACCGCGCGCCUCUGGACGACGAAGUCAUUUCACAGAGCGAUUUUGGGUUAGAGGCGAAGUAUCCGUCGUAUACGGAUCGGAAAUCGAAAUCCGUGGCUGUGUUGGCGUUUAUCUGGUUUUGCAAAUUAAGUAAGAUCAUGGAAGCUAUAGCCGUCGCUCAGCGAAGAAAUAAAUUCUCCCGCGAUUGGGACGGGGAGAGUGCUGCUAUCACAGCUAUAGAAUUGGACGAGGUCAAUAAGCUGGAUGUCGGUUUGAAGUGCUGGUUAGAGGAAUUCGAGGAUGCGGUCGCAGAGGCGACGAGGGAGGAUGUUGAUCAGAUAGUUUGGGUUCCGAUUUCGACUUUGCGGAUUAUGGUGCAUUCUCUCCGCGCAGGCUUAUAUCAGCCGUACCUGCAUCUCCCGAUCUCGCACCCGUCUCUCUCGGGUCCUGGCAUCGACCCCUUGCAGCGCAUGAAAGACGGCGCCAGACAGGUCGCCAUGAGCGUCAGCGAUGUGAUGCAGAAUAAGAAGAGUGACGCUAUUCCUACUUGGCUAGUAGCAUGGGUAACUCUCCCCGUGGCGGUAUACCACGUCAACAACCGCAUCCGCACCAACACCCCGCCCGACCAGAUCCUCAUGCCCUUCCUGGCACAGCUCGUGCGGCGCUCCUCCGGCGCGCAGAUGCUGCUCAUGACAGUGCGGACUGCGACCAGGGACCAGAUUGAGAAGAUUGCUAGGGCGGAGUAUGAUUCUGAGCGCGAAGGCGAAGCUGGAGCGAGAGCAGGCGGAGUUGGCGUCGGAGUCGGAGGGGCAGGGGGAGGGGGAGGAGGGGGAGGAGGGGGAGGAAGCGGGGGAGGAAGCGGGGGAGGGUAUAAGGGUUUCCAGUUCGUGCAUUCGCGGUUCUCGGAGGUGAAGGUUACGCGGAGUACGGAGGCGAGGUUACUGGCGUGUGUUACGCGGGCGGUGGAUGAGGCGUUGGAGGCGAAUGGGAGUUUGGGGGUUGGGGAGGAGGGGUAG